AUGAAGUCAAUAUCUUUCUUCCUCCUUACUGCGUUAGCUUGGACGACAAGUGCAGCUUCUCCUAAAGCCACAACAUUAAACGGAACAUACGUUGGCAAGAACUUGCCGGGCUGGGAUCAGGAUGCCUUCCUAGGCAUUCCUUACGCUCAGCCCCCUGUUGGGAAUCUGCGGUUCAAGUGGCCUCAAAGCUUGGACAGUUCUUUCACAGAGGAACGCACAGCCACCGAAUAUGGAGACAGUUGCAUGCAGUACACUCAGAACUGGACCAUGUCAGAGGACUGCCUUUCUCUGAAUGUUAUUCGACCAGCUGGAAAACCAAAGAAACUUCUACCAGUCCUAGUUUGGAUUUAUGGCGGUGGUCUAUAUGCUGGAAGCUCUGCCGACCCACAGUACAACCUCAGUGGGAUUGUCAAGGUUAGUCAAGACAUCAAAGAGCCUAUCCUAGCAGUAAGCUUUAACUACAGAUUGGGAAUGUGGGGGUUUCUCCAGAACUUCAGCCUUUUGAAGGAAGGUAACGCCAAUGCUGGCCUCCUAGACCAACGGCUUGCACUGCGUUGGAUCCAAGAGAACAUUGAAGCUUUUGGAGGUGACCCAGAACGAGUUGUUGUAUGGGGCGAGAGCGCUGGAGCUCAGAGCAUAGCGUAUCAGAUGUUUAGUUACGAUGGCCGAGAUGACGGGCUGUAUCGAGGAGCUAUUCUUGAGUCAGGAGGUAUUACAGGUGCACAGAUUCACGAUCUCAGUUACUACAAUGUCGCCUUUGAAAAUCUUACAAGGACUGUCGGAUGCUGGGACAAAAAGGAUCAGCUUGCAUGUCUUCGAGACUUGGAUGAGAAGUCGCUAUAUGCUGCGCGCCCUUCAUUGACGUUCAACCCUCUGAUCGACGGCACUUUCUUGACCGGUUACCCCAGCCAGCUCAUCCGCGAGAAGAACUAUCACACCGUGCCUAUGAUAAUUGGAGCAAACACUGACGAAGGCUUCUGUAUCGGAAAAGUCAACACGGAUCAAGAUCUCUUCUACGAAGCUUUUCGGUGGCGGAACUACGCUCUGAGCGCCCCGACAAUCCGAAAGCUCAUGGAACUUUAUCCUGACGACCCAUGCCAUCAACCUCCCUAUGCCAUCACGAAUUGUUCAAGACAAGAUGGAAACUAUCAAGGACGACGUGCUUGUGCUAUCGGUGCCGACAUAACUAUGAUCUCAGGGCGCAGGAAGCUCGCAGAACUAUAUGCACAAGCUGAGGAUGUAUACUCCUACCGUUUCGACCAAAGACCAUACCUGAGAGCUGAGUGGGAUGGGGUGAAGCAUUUCGAUAAUGUAGCAUUUAGCUUCCAGAACAUAUCUGGGUUGCUAGGUCCAAGUCCGCAGUACGAUAGUCACGCGGUGUUAGCCAACACCAUUGGACAGGCUUAUGUAAGGUUCGUCAACAGUCUGGAUCCUAAUUCCAAGAAGGGGAAGCUUCCAAAAUGGCCAAAGUACAGCAAGUCAAAGCCCAAGAAUAUGGUGCUCAAUGCCACGAAGAACUGGGUUGAGGAUGAUACCUGGCGGAAACAGGGUAUUGAGUAUAUAAACUCCUAUGAGGUGGCACGAGAGCUAUAUGGUUAG